AUGAAAGAGAGGAAGGAUAUCAUGAUGAGAAUACAGGAACUUAUUAAAAACUUCGAUAUGAAGGUAGAUGACACUAUUGAAAUGCACAUUCUGCAGCAGAUUGAGGCCUGUAUAAAUCCAGAUAAAUUGCUUAAUCCUAGUAGAAUUAAGGUUGUGGUAAAGAGAAACGAGACUGAGGACGUGGAAGAGUUCAAAAGAAGUGGACGCUGUCCUUUGACUCAGGCUGAGAUAGAAGACGAAUAUGCUUCUACUUGUGGCCAUAGAUUUGAAAGAAAGGCCAUUAUGGAUGAAAUAAGAAGAAGUAGUAAAACAUGCCCAGUUAUUGGUUGUGGGAAGCAACUUAGUGAAAAGAAGAAUUGA